UUAUGUUAAUAUACAACUUUUGCUUAGUAUGUCACGCAUAAAAAUGCGUAAUGUUAUAUUGAAUUCAUUGUACAUCGAAAUCAUCCGUGCCGUUCGCAAUGCGAGACUUUUCAAACAUCAAAGAGAAUGGACGUAUUCAUUAAGCAGGUAUUUCUCUACACAAACGACGACCGAUGCAGAGUACAAUGUACCAGUUGAAGCCAUUCGUAACUUCAGUAUAGUCGCACAUGUCGACCAUGGUAAAAGUACAUUAGCGGACAGAUUGCUGGAAUUAACAGGUGCUAUAAAGGCAAACUCUGGCAAGCAGAUCCUGGAUAAUCUACAAGUGGAGAAAGAACGUGGAAUUACAGUAAAAGCACAGACAGCAUCACUGUUUUAUUCAUAUCAAGGCAAAAAAUAUCUUCUGAAUCUCAUCGAUACACCAGGACAUGUGGACUUUUCAGCAGAGGUUCAUCGAUCGUUGGCUCCUUGUCAAGGGGUUAUACUAUUGGUUGAUGCUAAUGAUGGUGUUCAAGCACAAACGGUAGCCAAUUACUAUUUAGCACGAGAAAAGAAUCUUGUAAUAAUUCCAGUAAUUAAUAAAGUGGACUUGAAGAAUGCCAAUCCCGAGAAGGUCAAGGAGCAGUUGCAAAUGUUACUUGAUGUAAAUCAUACAGAUAUUAUAAAGAUAUCUGCCAAGUUGGGCACUGGUAUCAAUGAAGUUCUAGAUGCUGUAAUUGAAAGAAUUCCACCACCUACGGUAGCUAGAGAUAAGCCCUUCCGAGCACUGAUAUUUGAUAGUUGGUAUGACAAACAUAAAGGGACGAUUUCUUUAAUUUAUGUGAAAGAUGGAGCAUUGUCAAUUGGCAAACAAAUUAGUUCUGCAUAUAUGAAAAAAUCAUAUGAAGUUCGAAAUAUUUUUCUUUUCAGACCUUACACAGAAAAUGUGAAGACAAUAUUUGCUGGACAAGUAGGCGCUAUUUCAUGCAAUAUGAAGUCUAAGGAGGCUCACAUUGGCGAUACUUUGCAUCUGCGGCAUCAAUCUGUUGAUUCCUUAGAAGGAUUCAAUCCACCAAAGCCAAUGGUGUUUGCAGGAGUAUAUCCAAUGGAUCAGUCACAAUUGUCCUCUUUACAAGCAGCUAUCGACAAACUUGCUCUAAAUGACAGUGCUGUAAAUGCCACUUUAGAGUCAAGUGCUGCACUUGGAAGAGGAUGGAGAAUUGGCUUUUUAGGUUUAUUGCAUAUGGAAGUCUUUAUUCAACGUCUUGAACAGGAAUAUGGGGCACAGCCGAUAGUUACAGCACCUGCAGUGACUUACAAAGCAAAGAUUUUUGGCAGUAAAAAUAUAACGAAAUAUCGAGGUGAUACAGUGAUCUUUAAUAAUCCAGUACAUUUUCCAGACCCCCAAAUAGUCACUGAAUUUUAUGAACCUAUGAUUAUUGCGACUAUCAUUACGCCAGAUACAUACAUGAGAGAAAUCAUAUCACUUUGCUGGGAAAAGCGAGGUAUAGAAAAACUGAACAAAACUAUUGGCAAUGACAGAUUUAUUCUGCAAUAUGUGAUGCCAUUGAGCGAAAUAAUUCUCGACUUUCAUGACUCUUUGAAGAAUAUAAGUUCUGGUUAUGCUAGUUUCGAUUACGAAGAUUAUGGCUAUCAAAUGGCCGACAUAGUGAAGUUGAAUAUUUUAUUAAAUGGAAAAGUGGUAGAAGAAUUGUGCACAAUUGUACAUAGAACAAAAGCGUCUCAGAUAGGCAAGAAGUUAUGUGUCAAGCUUCUUGACACUAUUCCUCGACAACUGUUCGAAAUAGCGAUCCAAGCAACAGUAGGGAGUAAAGUAAUUGCAAGAGAAACUUUGAAGCCUUAUAAAAAGGAUGUAACAGCGAAAUUAUACGGUGGUGAUGUUACAAGAAGAAAAAAAUUACUGGCGCAGCAAGCAGAAGGAAAGAAAAAAAUGAGGAUGAUAGGAAAAAUUUCCUUACCACGUGACACUUUUAUAAACGUACUAAAAAAAUAAUAG